GCCAAGAUUUCCGACACCAGUUCCUUUUAUGAUUGUGAAAAUAUGUAAAUAUAAUCUGUCUUCUGGAUUAGACAACUGCAGCGCUCUCUUACCAGGCCUAAGAGCGCUAUUAAAAGCUAAUAUCGUAAUCCUACUACUAGAGUAUUGACUUCCCAUUUCACCAGUCCUCCAAACUACCCAUUGUGGCCCUGUGUGUGUGUUUCUCCUCUGUUUUUUAGAGGUAGCACUUACUGGUCCACCGUCAGACCGAACACACACCAUCAUUCGCCGGGAAGACAUGGAUGUUUCUCAGCUCCACUGGAGUCCGCUGGAAUACAGCCUUCCAGACUUUGCCCACAGGUUUCAGAAUUUCCUGCCCAUGGUCGUCAAGGUGACUGCAGGCUUUCUGGGAAAGCAGGAGCUGGACAGCAUCAGCCGGGACACGGUAAUACAGGUGCACUCCUUACAGUCGCAGAAAAGGGCUGUUCUGGAAGCGAAGUCUGGAAGAAUUCUCUCCAUCCCUGUCUCCAUCGCCUCUGUUUUAUUCUACGUCGUCAAGCAGAAUUGCCAGUGUGAUGGACCACUCAGCCUGCAGGCAGUGCUAUCGUCCCAUAGUCUGCCUGUGGUUGUUCAGCCGGUGACUCCCCUCAGGCUCCCUGCCUCUUUCGCGACCUGCUACGGCAACCAGUUGCAGACACUGACUCUCUCAAUAACCUAUGAGGAAAAAUUUCUCCUAGGUCAUCCGCUGGACAUGACAGGCUCCCUGCUGACACAGACCCCGCUGGUGCUGCCCAUGUACAUGAAGGAGGUGUGUGUCUCUCUAGCAGAGCAGCUGAACCCCCAGCAGCAGGAGCAGUUUUUUUCCAACUGUGCAGCACAGGAGUCUGUUAUAGAGAGUCUGAGCCACAAUCAUCACUUCAUCUUCCAAGAUAUAACUUUCCUGGAGAAGUGUCAGCUUAUUGAAAAUGGUGGCAUAUAUACUGAAGUGGAACCGAUUUACAUGAACCUGGAUGUGCAAGAGGAAAGCAUCGCCCUUUACCAACAUCUGGUGGAUUUCUCCCCACUGCAGAACCCACCAAAGCCCCCUGUCCCUUUGCGAAAAGCAAAGCCCUCACUAUAGGCUGAGAGGCAUCGCUGACACCAGAAGUUUAUUUCUUCAGUUUCGGUGGGAAUUUUCAGCAAAAACAUAAGAAGACAUUUUUCUCUUUCAUCCACCCAGCGUAUCAUGGAAAGAAAAUAAACGAGACGACAUUUAUGACAAAGGCUUGCCGUCAACUUCGCAAAAUAUCCGCCGGGAUUAAAAAAAAAUGCUUUGUGCAUGAAUAUAACUUAAUAAGCUUCAGAAACUAUCCCUACAUGAGAGCAAAGUGUGACCUUUCAUUUUUUUACACUUUUUUUUUUUAUUCAUUUAUUUUCAUCAAGCAAGCACUGAAUUGGGAAGGUGAUGUGUGGCAUGUCACAUGUUAUGUUAUCGGAAUGACCAGGAUGCAUCUGUUCUCUAAUAAGUAAAUGUUACAGCAUGACUGCUCAGACGUAGGGGCUGUUUCGCUGCAUGUAGGGAGUGUAAUUAUGUAUAUCUUCCUAUAAUUGAAUAAUCUAUCAUUACUAUAAGUUCUCAUUAAUUAGGCAUUCAUUUUUUUCCUUUAUGUAUUUGGAUGGACCAGAAUAUGCAGUUGAAUGGAUGUAAAUAAUGAAAUCAUUCUGAUUUGAAAAAUUGCCUGUGAAGAACUUGUAAUGAAUGAAAGUUACAUUUACAUA